AUGUGUCGCUUUGAAGUGCUGUGUGUGUUCUUGUUUGUGGAUUUGGCGCUUAGUUAUAUUAAUUUGGCAGACGUGGAAUGUGGCAUAGACGUGGCAAGACGUGGACGCAUAGUUGGGGGGACGGACAGCCUCCCUGCAGAGUUCCCCUGGGCGGCAAGUUUGUGGCGCCAGGGCACACAUCAAUGCGGCGCCACGGUGUUAAAUGACAGGUGGCUGUUGACUGCUGGUCAUUGUGUUUGUAGUGUGUUCGAUGAGUUCUACAAAUCGAAACAGUUGACAGUCGUAGUGGGUUACACGGAUAUUUCGUCGAAAGAAGAAAACGAGGCAUUGUCCAAAAUUAUACCUCAUCCGCAGUACAGCGAAAUUGAGGAUCUUAUUAUGUCAAUAAUCAAUCCAGACUUUUUUAAAUCAGGGUCGCGACCUAACGUCCUCCAAAAAACGGAUGUGGUAGUGGUGACAAAUGACGAGUGCAACCAAUGGUACCAGUCUCAGGGCAGCAAAGUGAAGGUCAUCUCCACACAGAUGUGCGCUGGUCAUGAACAGGGAGGCAGGGAUUCUUGUUGGGCUGACAGCGGUGGUCCCCUAAUGAUCAAAGGAGAUAAAGGGCGUGCUAUGGUAGUCGGAGUUGUCUCAACUGGCAGCGGCUGUGCAAGAGCACGAAUGCCCGGGAUCUAUACUAGAGUAUCGAGAUAUACUGACUGGAUUGUUCAGAGUGUAAAUGACGAUGAAGUUAAAUUAGGCAAUUCGUACAGAAAAUUGUUUAGAACUGGUUGAAAUAAAUGAAAAAUUUGUAGAAAGGAUUUUGACUUGGUGAUUACAAAACGAUUAUUGUUCGAGAGUUGUCUGCGCUGAGUAUGCAAAUGACAACAAAGCAUCAAUAAAAUAAAACAA